UUGGGCAAAAGAUAAAAGCUCUCCAAGGAGUUGGGACUCCUCCUCUCCCACCACCAACUUCUCAUUUAAAUGGUUCUGCACAGGCUGCAGCCGGCACUGCCUCCGCAGCCGCUGGGACCCCCACAGCCCCGCGUUGUCCACGCGGGGGGACAGCGGGGCCGGAGCUCAGCACCCCAGAGCCAGCCCGGCGCGACGGACUAUGCGAGAGCUCGCCGUGGGGCUGAGCCGAGCGGUGCCUGCGCGGGCGCGGAGGAGCGGGCGGCAGCGGGGUCCUGGUGGAUGGACCCCCUGAGGUCAGCCCCCCGAUGUCGGCUCUGCUGUUGCUCUGGGUUGUCCUCUUCCACUGGGCCACCAGCGAGGGCUUUGUCCAGGGAGCCAGGACCUGGCAGCACUGCACAGACCUGCGCCCACUGGACAUCCUUUCGGAGGUGGUCCCUGCCGGCAGGCUGGCCCGGGGCAUGAGGGUGUUUCAAGUGCAGGGGAUGCGCGGCUUCCAGCUCUCUGCCUCAAAGCCCCGUGCCCUGGGCUUCCCCGCCUCCCGGCUCUUCAUCCACUGCGACCGCUUCCCCGAGGAGUUUUCCAUCAUCAUCACACUGAGGGUCCUCAGCAUUCCUUCCAAGAGGAAUGAGUACGUCUUCACGCUGAUGGCAGAGGAGAGCCCCAGCGUGCUGGUGGGGCUGCGCUACGCCCCUGAGAAGCUCCACUUCCUCUUCUGGAGCCAGGAGCACGCCGGCGGCUGGCAGACCCGUGUCACCUUCCCCAACGUCUCCCUCUCCGACAACCAGUGGCACACGCUCAUCUUGGCUGUCUCUGGCCAGUCCUUCUCCCUGACGGUGGACUGCAGCAUCCCCAAGGACAUGGUGGUGGAGACUCCGUUCCCAGCCUCUCUGUCGGUGAAGAGGGCCAGCUUCUACCUGGGCAACAGGAGGAGAAGGAAAGGCGUGUUCACGGGCUUGCUGAGACAGCUUGUCCUGCUGCCAGGAGCCGAUGCCACCCCUCGGAUAUGCACUGCCAUGAACUUUAAAGUAGCGAUGCUCUCUGUCCCUACCAUGCUCCAGGAUCUCCCAGCAAAGCCAGUGAGCAACGAAGUGCUGGAAUACCCAUACGAGACCGACACGAAGGUGACCCUGGGGUCCCGUCCACCCUGCACCAAGCAGGAGAAGGCACAGUUCUGGUUCAACGCCUCCCGGCGAGGGCUGUUCCUCUGCAAUGGCAGUGCCUGGGUUUCCAUGCUGGAAGUCAAACACAGGCUGGACUACGUGGAGGAGUACCAGAACCUGGUGACCAACUCGGAGACGAUGGGCAUUGAGGUCUUCACCAUCCCAAAGGUGGGAUUGUUCGCUGCCACUGCCAACCGGUACACCCCACCGGGAUCGGCCAUCUAUAAGUGGACCGAUGGGAAGUUUGUACCCUACCAGAACAUCCCCACCUACCAAGCUCAGGCCUGGAAGUAUUUCACCAUUGGGAAGAAGAUCUUCCUAGCAGUGGCUAAUUUUGAGCAGAAUGCCCGGGGUCAGGAGUUCUCUGUAAUUUACAAGUGGAGCCGCAGGAAAGAGAAAUUCAUCACCUACCAGAGAAUCACCACACACAGCGCUAGGGACUGGGAGGCGUUUGUCAUUGAGGGAGAGGCUUUCCUCGCGGUGGUCAACCACAGAGAAGGGAACAACCACAAUGUAGACAGCGUGAUAUACAGGUGGAACCCCAGGACAGGGUUGUUUGAAACCAACCAGACCAUCCCUACCUCUGGAGCCUAUGACUGGGAAUUUUUCACCAUCGGGCCAUAUUCCUUCCUGGCGGUGGCUAACACCUUCAAUGGCACGUCCACUAAGAUCUACUCACACAUCUACAUCUGGCUCAGUGGCUCUUUCCAGCUCUUCCAGUCUAUCCUGACGUUCGGUGCUGCUGACUGGGAGGUCUUUCAUAUUGGGGACAGAGUCUUCCUGGCUGUUGCCAACAGCCACAGCUACGACAGCGGGAUGGCAGCACCCUCUAACUUCUACGCCAUCAACUCCUCCAUUUAUGAGCUGAACAUCACUGCCCAGAUGUUUGUCAAAUUCCAGGACCUUCUCACCUACAGCGCCCUGGACUGGGAGUUCUUCUCAGUAGGAGAUGACUCUUUUCUGGUGGUAGCAAACUCCUUCGAUGGCUUCACCUUCUCCGUUAACAGUAUUAUCUACAGGUGGCAAGGCUAUGAAGGCUUCGUGGCGGCCCACCACCUCCCCACUGUCGGCUGCAGAGACUGGGAGGCAUUCCACACUGCCGAGGGCUCCUACCUCCUCUACUCUAGCGCCAAGGAGCCGCUUUCCAAGGUUCUCAAGCUGAAAACCACCUGAGCUGGCUGAGACACGCUCAGCUCGGUGCCAAGAUCGUGGCGAGCUGGGCAUUGAGGUGAAGAUGGACCAACAGAGCCCAGGAACGGCUGCAGCUUCAGCCCUGCAGCUGGCAGAAGCUCCGCAGGAGAGGGAGGAGGAGGAGAGCUCGAGGGCUCUUUCCAGCCUUAUCCAGGGUCUGACAAAGGGGCUGUGACCCUGCUUUGAUGCUGUUUGCCCUGGGCAAGCUCUCCUGCCAUGCUCCAGAGCCACGUCCUACUCGGGGUGCCUGGUCCUACUCACUGGGACCUUGGCACUUGCCAGGAGGGACCUAGAGCUGCCGUUAGUUGUGGCCAGAGCUUGCAGAAAGCCAAGGAAGAAAGAAACUGAGCAGAGCAUGUGCUGCUGGGGAGGGUGCAUGGCAGGGGGGAGGAAAAAAAGUGAGAAACUGGGGAAAAAAGGUGGCUUUGGGCUUGGCUGUGGUUGCCCCAUGCCUGGGCCGCGCUGCUGCUGAGGACCCAGCUGUUUGACAUUGCCCACCAGGCUUCAUGUGCAUCUUGGGUGGCUCUUCCACCCCGUCCCACUGGCACGGGUGCCUGCCCACAUUCCCACGCGCCUGGGGCCAGUUUGGGUUGUCCUUGCCAAGGGGGGGCGUGGAUUGUAUGAACCCACCGAUGUGUACCAGGACCAGUGCUGGUCCUUACACCCCUUUGCACGAGGUCAGCGGCUCCUGAGCAAACCUGCUGUGCGCUGGGACCAAUCCAGCUACCGGCGCCUGGGAAAGACCCCGGGCUGCUCCAGGGGAAGCUGUGGCCUCUUUUCUUUUCCUUGCCUGUGUUGGGGGACUCUUGCUUAACCAGAGC